CCAUGCUCCUUCCUCACACAGCAACCUCACUCACUCACUCUUUCACUAUGCUCAACAACGAACGGUGACCGUUAGAUCUCAUUCUCCGAUCACCGUUGGAAUGGCGUGUAUCUGAAUCAAUCAUUCAUUCAUUCUUUCAACCUUCUUCUUUUUCUUCUCUCGCACGAUUCUUUCUUCGCUUUCACUUUUCGCUUCGCUCCUUUAUUCUCUCCACGCGCUUUUCUCUUCUCCGAUCGCACUCUCUCUCACGCAGAUCUAAAGCUUGUAGUGAUUUAUUUAUUGAGAUUGUGACUGCAUUGGUGAGAAAUGAGGUUGGAGUUCGUGUGUGUAUUUAUGAUAAUUCUGUUUGGCCUUGCGAAAUUCGGGAAGGCAGAGAUUUACAUAGUGACUGUUGAAGGAGAGCCUGUUGUAAGUUACAGGGGUGGUGUCGAUGGCUUUGAAGCCACUGCGGUGGAAUCUGAUGAUGAUGAUGAUCACAAGCUUGACUCCACGAGUGAGGUGGUGGUUUCUUAUGCUCGCCACCUUGAAAAGAGACACGACUUGCUUCUGGCGUUGCUGUUUGAGCGUGGGUCGUAUGAGAAACUCUAUAGCUAUCGACAUCUUAUAAAUGGGUUUGCUGUUCAUCUUUCCCCCGAACAGGCAGAAACUCUUCGACAUGCUCCUGGGGUUAAAUCUGUUCAGAGGGACUGGAAGGUGAAGAGGCUCACAACACAUACCCCACAAUUUUUGGGGCUCCCAACUGGGGUGUGGCCAACAGGUGGUGGCUAUGAGAGAGCUGGAGAAGACAUUGUGAUUGGAUUCGUGGACUCUGGAAUCUACCCUCACCAUCCGAGCUUUACCACUUAUAACACUGAACCAUAUGGACCAGUUUCGAGAUAUAGAGGAAAAUGUGAGGUUGAUCCUGGAACUAAAAGAAGUUUUUGUAAUGGGAAAAUUAUCGGAGCACAACAUUUUGCGCAAGCUGCAAUAGCUGCGGGGGCCUUUAACCCUUCAAUUGAUUUUGAUUCACCUCUCGAUGGAGAUGGGCAUGGGAGUCAUACAGCCUCUAUUGCAGCUGGAAGAAAUGGAAUUCCAGUGAGGAUGUACGGGCAUGAAUUCGGGAAAGCAAGUGGAAUGGCUCCCCGUGCCAGGAUUGCUGUGUAUAAAGCACUUUAUAGACUUUUUGGAGGAUUUAUUGCAGAUGUAGUUGCUGCAAUUGAUCAGGCUGUGCAUGAUGGGGUGGAUAUACUUAGCCUAUCAGUUGGACCAAAUAGUCCUCCAUCAAACACCAAAACUACAUUUUUGAAUCCUUUUGAUGCUACACUUCUUGGAGCUGUGAAAGCUGGUGUGUUUGUCGCACAGGCUGCUGGAAACGGUGGUCCUUUUCCCAAGUCAUUAGUUUCAUACAGUCCAUGGAUAGCAACAGUGGCAGCUGCAAUUGAUGAUCGUAGAUACAAAAACCAUUUGAUCCUUGGAAAUGGAAAAAUCUUGGCUGGAAUUGGGUUGUCACCUUCUACACGUAUAAACCAAACAUACAAAUUGGUUGCCGCAAAUGAUGCGCUUCUUGAUUCUUCGGUUACGAAGUACAGCCCCACUGAUUGUCAGAGGCCAGAAGUUUUAAACAAGAACUUAAUAAAGGGAAAUAUUCUUCUCUGUGGCUAUUCUUACAAUUUUGUUGUUGGUUCUGCAUCAAUAAAACAGGUCUCAGAAACAGCGAAGGCCCUUGGAGCAGUUGGAUUUGUUCUGUGUGUUGAAAAUGUUUCUCCUGGAGCAAAAUUUGAUCCGGUCCCCGUUGGCAUUCCCGGGAUUCUUAUCACCGAUGCCAGCAAAUCAAAGGAACUGAUAGAUUAUUAUAAUAUUUCCACACCAAGAGACUGGACUGGAAGGGUGAAGACUUUCACAGGUACAGGUAAAAUUGAGGACGGUUUGAUGCCUAUUCUCCACAAAUCUGCGCCACAAGUAGCAGUUUUUUCUGCUAGAGGACCAAAUAUAAAGGACUUUAGCUUCCAAGAGGCAGAUCUUCUCAAACCAGAUAUAUUAGCUCCGGGUUCUUUGAUUUGGGCUGCUUGGUCUCUAAAUGGAACUGAUGAGCCAAAUUAUGUUGGAGAGGGAUUUGCCAUGAUAUCUGGGACCAGUAUGGCUGCACCACAUAUAGCUGGAAUUGCUGCUCUUAUAAAGCAAAAGCAUCCACAUUGGAGUCCUGCUGCCAUUAAAUCAGCCUUGAUGACAACAUCGACAACUCUAGACAGAGCAGGAAAUCCUAUUCUAGCACAGCAAUAUUCUGAAUCAGAAGCUAUGAACCUGGUCAGAGCCACUCCUUUUGAUUAUGGGAGUGGACACGUUAAUCCAAGAGCUGCCUUGGACCCUGGCCUAGUCUUUGACGCAGGGUAUGAGGAUUAUCUAGGGUUCUUGUGCACAACACCUGGCAUUGACGUUCAUGAGAUAAAAAACUACACAAACUCGCCAUGUAACAACAGCCUGGGCCACCCAUCAAAUUUAAACACUCCAUCCAUUACAAUUUCCCAUCUUGUAAGAACUCAAAUUGUCACACGCACUGUCACGAAUGUUGCUGAUGAGGAAGAAACCUACGUGAUCACAGCCAGGAUGCAACCAGCAGUUGCCAUUGACGUGAACCCUCCAGCAAUGACCAUUAGAGCAGGUGCAUCACGUAAGUUUACUGUGACACUCACUGUUCGCUCAGUGACAGGAUCGUAUAGUUUUGGAGAGGUGUUAAUGAAAGGAAGCAGAGGGCACAAGGUGAGGAUCCCUGUUCUUGCCCAUGGAUACUCAAGAUAGCUUUAGUCUGGUCAGCAAAGCAAAGUUAUGCAUGUAAUAUUCUUUGUAACUUGUGGAAAUAAGGUAUGUACGGCUUUAGAUUUAUUCUGAAAAUAUAAUAUGGUGUUGAAUAGAUGUAAAGGUAAGAAGGUGUAAGGGGAAGACUCCUGGUUUAUUUUAUUUCACAUUUAAAGUUUUGCAAAUAACAUCUUGUUAUUUAUCGGAAUGCUUCUUCUGAAGGUUUUA